CAAACGGGACGCAACCAGUACCAUGCUUUUUAGCUCUUUCUUCAAAACGCUCAUCGGCAAGGAGGUGACGGUCGAGCUGAAAAAUGACCUGCAGCUGAAUGGCGUCCUCAAGUCGGUGGAUCAGUUUCUCAACAUCAAACUCGACAGCAUUCAGGUCGCCGACAUUGAGCGCUACCCACACAUGAUGGCUGUCAAAAAUUGCUUUAUCCGUGGUUCAGUCGUGCGCUACAUCCACUUGCCCCCUGAGCAUGUCGAUAAGCAGCUCCUGCAGGACGCGACUCGCAAGGAGGCGACGGGAGGAGACAAGAACUAGUGGCUCAGCUAGCCGUCCUUGUCAUUUGCAACGGUACUUGUUGGCGGGGGCAUGUAUAUCAUGUCUAAAGCAGACCUAAGCUGAGCUCAGGGCACGGCUGGGUCAAGACACGCGCUCGCGACCCUACAAGCAGGCACACCCAUGGACGAAGACCGAGACAAGUAACCAACUGGAUCGGUUUUCUUGGUGCCUACGCAUUUUGAACUGCGAGCUCGGGGCUGGAACCCCAAAUUGCAUGUUUUUUUUUU